AUGGAGGGUGUCGAAGAGAAGAAGAAGGUUCUGGCUAUGCUGGAAAUCCUUAAGAAAAAGCGAAGGAAUUUUGCCAAACUGAAGAUCAAGCGCUUGAAAAAGAAGUUUGCCGAAAAGAUGCUUCGAAAGGCAAGGAGGGAGCUUAUCUAUGAAAAAGCCAAGCACUAUCACAAGGAAUAUAGGCAAAUGCACAGAACUGAGAUUCAAAUGCCUAGAAUGGCAAGAAAAGCUGGCAACGUCUACGUACCUGCGGAACCCAAAUUGGUAUUUGUCAACAGGGUAAGAGGAAUCAAUGGCAUGAGCCCAAAGGUCCGAAAAGUGUUGCAACUUUUUCGCCUUCGCCACAUCUUCAAUGGCACCUUCAUUAAGCUCAACAAGGCCUCAAUUAAAAUGCUGAGAAUUGUGGAACCAUAUACUGCAUGGGGGUACCCGAACCUGAAGUCAGUGAAUGAACUGAUCUAUAAGUGUGUUAAUGGCAAAAUCAAUAAGAAGCAGAUUGCCUUGACAGAUAACUCUCUGAUUGCACAACCUCUUGGUAAAUAUGGCAUCAUCUGCAUGGAGGACCUGAUUCAUGAGAUCUAUACUGUUGGGAAAUGCUUCAAAGAAGCAAACAACUUCUUGUGGCCCUUCAAAUCAUCUUCUCCCAAAGGAGGAUGA